CAGGUUAAUUGCAACUUUAACAAGCUUUCUUUCAUUGUUUGCCUGAUUGGUUUAGAGAAGAAAAUAAAACCAGUUUAAAUCACGAGUCUAAAUUUCUGGCUAAUGUAAAACCACCAUUACACAAUUUUACAUACAGUAGCUAAACAUUUGAUCAUAACUACUGUGAACAAAAUAAGAAUAUAUGCUUCUUUUUUAAAUCUUAUGAAACUAAACUGCAUAUGAAAGUAAGUGGAUCAGAAUUACUUUAUUGCGCAUUUAGUAAGAUACGGGUUUUUCCUAACAUGGCUGUACAUCAAACAUUUUCCUUUCAACAACUUCAUAUUACAAGAAGGCUGCCCACUCACAUCCUCACUAACAGACGCACGCCUCAGCUGGGACACCUUAAGAAAAACGCAAAAACAAACUGAAGAGCUUCAGCCAGCAUCACAGUCUCGAACGGACAAGGAAACGUUACCAUGCCUGACAGGUUCACUUUGCUCACUAUCAGCUUUUCUUUUUUACUUCACAAUGUUUGUAGUUGGAACGUGAGUGAACCUCUCAACCACACAUUCAAUGACGACGACUCUGUCAGUGUCACAUGCAUGUUUUAUGGAGAAGAAAAGUUUGAAUUGGAAGCUAAGCUGAAAAAAAAUGGUGUGAAUUUUUGUGAGGUUUCUUCAGAAGAAACCAAGUGUAAAUGGGAGCAUAAGGACAAUAAAUUCACGUUCACCUUAAUGGAACCUCCUCAGACCUGGCACAAAGAUAUAUUUUCCUGUGAGAUAUCCAAAAUAAAACCAUUCCCAAUUGAACCUAAAACAGGACCGGGAAUUAAGCUUUUCCGAGGUUGCAAAUAUACAUUUGCUCCACUGAACAACAGCUGUCCAAUCACUAACCAAACAACUGGAGCACUCCCCACACCUGAAGUACAGCCCACACUUGAUGACACGUAUACCCUAUUAAUCUGUGGUCUGCUCAUAGUGGUGGUAAUGCUGUCUCUCUACAGCAUUAUUCUUACUGCCGUCUACAUCAGAUUGAGGGUCACAAAUCUUGAAUCUAUGGACACUCUAACCUACGUGCCAAUGCAGAGGAAUGUAAAACGGCGUGAUCUAGAAAACACUGAAUAUGUGGACAUGCGUGAAGUGCAGAAGCGGGAAGGAUACCACAGAGAUAUGAACCACAACUCUCAUCUUGAAAGUGUCAGAGGCCAUUUUUAAUGGCAUCAGUGAGCUCAUGCUUUACCUGUUCUAUGAAUUUACUGCUUGUUAUACUUAAGCUACAUCAUAGAAAAUCACAGGAUAAAACUGAUGCCUGUCUACCAA